UGUUUUCUUUGUUGAAACUGAUGGAGUUUGAAGACCCCAAGGUCCCAAACAAUAGGGAGUAGAAGACAAGUACGAAGUCAGAAAGAGAUCUCAUAGUAGAGUGAGGUUUGUUCUAAGUUCUAUUCUGUUUGGGAAUUGAAUCGAAAAGAGAAUAGCUAUGAGAAAAGGGAACAACUCUGGCAAUUACCGAAACCCAUGUCUCACUAUGCACCAGCCUUGGGCCUCUCUUCUCGUUUAUGGCAUCAAGCACGUCGAGGGCAGGUCCUGGCCUUCUCCCAUCACUGGUCGUCUCUGGAUUCAUGCUGCUAGUAAGGUCCCAGAUGAGUCCACUAUCAAAGCAAUGGAGUACUUCUACAAAGAGAUUUAUGCCAUCAAUGGCGUCACUGACAUCAAGUUCCCUGAACACUACCCCGUUUCUAGGCUUCUUGGAUGUGUCGAAGUUGUUGGCUGUUUAAAGCGUGAGGAGCUUGCUGGCUGGGACAUGGUUCCUGAAGGGGUAAGGCUAGAAGCACAAACUGAUUACUGUUGGCUAUGUGAACAACCACAGAAAUUGUUGAUUCCUUUUGAGAUGCGGGGAUACCAAGGUGUUUAUAACUUGGAGAGGAAGAUCCAUGAUGCUGCAGUUAGAGGUUUAUCACCAGUGAAAGGUCCAUUGCCAGUGAAAUUUCCACUUCCAGAUCCACGAGAUAUGUUUUCGCUAAAGCCAGGUUGUAUUGCCACGCUUACUCCCAAUGUAAAAGCAGCUGAAGUGGACAAAUCAUCAAGUAUAAGUGCAGCCAUAGCUGGGGCACGAGCAGCAGCUACUCAGUUCUCAAAGAAGGAUCAGAAUUCCCCUAGCACUUCUUGGAAUAAUACACAUGAGGAGACAGAAAAUGCAAGAUCUUAUAAUUUACGAUCACGGACAAGAUCUAUGCCAAAGAAUAAUGCAUCACCCUCUGAAUUAACUGACAAAUUCAAUAAUGGGGCACUGCGAUUGAGUCAAGAAGAGGAUAGCAGUUUUGACAAGAGUGAGGGAAGUAGUUCGGAUAAUCAAUCAUCUGUUGCUGAUCUGCAGCCACCCACUAAGGGGAGUCUGGAAUACAGAGAGAAAAGCAAUCGAGACAGGUAUGAGGGAAGAAGUAAGGACAACCAAUCUACUGGUAUAGAAUCUGAUUCAAGACAUUUUCCACGUCCACCAUCUAAGAUUUUUGCAGCAGCAUUGAAAAACCUGAAGCAAUGAUCAUGGAGCAUGAGUGAGGAUUUGUAAUUUGGUAAAAUGGAUGUUCUCAUUGGAUGCUAAAGUAUGUAAGUCUGUAUGUUUCAACAGUUUUAUUUAAUUCUCAUUGGAUGUUCUCAUUGGAUGCUCGUUCCAUCCACUUCAAUGUAUAACACCUUUGGUUGUAUUAGUAUUUUUUGUUUUCAAGAUUUUGUGAAAAAAAAGUGAAAGCAAUUAGAUCAUGUUUUUGUUUUUGUA